CGGGCGCGUUGCUCUGGGCGGGCGGUUUGGGUGCUUGCUUGGAGCCGCGGGGGCGCGGGGCUCCGGGGUUCGGGGCUCGCCCCCGCUCCGGGCAGGCGCGCCUAUGGCCUUUGUAAGGUGACGCCGCGCUCACCGGCUUUCUCCGGGGGCGGAGGAAGCACCCAUGAACCCUUCGGCGACCUUCCUCGCCGUGCGCCAGAACAUCGGGUCAGAAGUUGAGUGUUCUACUAUCGACAAACAACGGAAAGAGCUGCAGCUGCUCAUUGGAGAAUUAAAAGAUCGUGAUAAAGAGCUCAAUGAUAUGGUCGCAGUACAUCAGAGACAACUUCUUUCAUGGGAAGAGGAUCGGCAGAAAGUGUUGACUUUGGAAGAACGUUGCAGCAAAUUAGAGGGUGAACUACAUAAAAGAACUGAAAUAAUCAAGUCACUCACAAAGAAGGUAAAAACCCUUGAAUCUAAUCAAAUUGAAUGCCAAGCGGCUCUUCAGAAGACUCAGCUACAGCUUCAGGAAAUGGCUCAAAAAGCAACCCAUUCCUCUCUCCUCUCUGAAGACCUUGAGGCUAGAAAUGAAAAUCUCAGCAACACAUUAGUGGAACUUUCUGCUCAGGUAGGACAAUUACAAGCUCGAGAACAGGCUCUCACUACGAUGAUAAAGCUAAAGGACAAAGAUAUUAUCGAGGCCGUCAAUCACAUUGCAGACUGCUCAGGAAAAUUUAAAUUAUUAGAGCAUGCCUUGCGUGACGCAAAGAUGGUGGAGACUUGUAUUGUGAAAGAAAAGCAAGAUUAUAAGCAGAAAUUGAAGACACUUAAAAUUGAAGUUAAUAAAUUGAAAGAAGAUCUAAAUGAAAAGACAACAGAAAAUAAUGAACAACGAGAAGAGAUCAUUCGCCUCAAGCAAGAGAAAAGUUGCCUGCAUGAUGAAUUGGUUUUUACUGCAGAGAGAGAAAAAAGGAAAGAUGAGUUACUUGAUAUUGCAAAGUCAAAGCAAGAACGUACAAAUGCAGAACUGCAUAAUCUCAGACAGAUUUAUGUAAAACAACAGAGUGAUCUGCAGUUUCUUAAUUUUAAUGUGGAAAAUUCUCAGGAAUUAAUACAGAUCUAUGACUCAAAGAUGGAGGAAUCAAAGGUUCUGGAGUCCAGCAGAGACAUGUGUUUGUCAGACCUUGAGAAUCACCGCCCAAAAGUCGAUAUUAAGAGGGAGAAAAAUCAGAAGUCAUUGAUGAAACAUCCAAAAUUUGAGACCAUGUUGGUUCAGCAAAAUCAGCCAGACAGGGGCUCUUGUGAGGUGUGCAAAGAGAAGAAACAACAGGGUAAUACCUCAUUUGGGGAAAAAAAUGUAAUUGCUAUCUCAUCUGUAUUUACAAAAGACUUACUGGAGAAGCAAAAGUCUUGGUCUCUGGGAGGAAAAAUGCCAGUCGAACCUGAAAACCAAAGAACAUUGUGCAAGAUCCAUGCAAAGUCACCAAAAGGUAAUGGGAUCGGGAUUCAGAAUGAAGAGAAACAACUCUCCGAAACAUCAACAUCAUUAUCUGAUGAGAAACAGUGGCAUGAUGUCAAUGUGUACCUGGGCCUGGCCAACUGUUCUGGUUCAAAACAACCGGAAAGGCUGGAUGUUGAAUGUCAAGAUGACAUAGAAAGAUCUGGAGUCUCCUGUUGCCAUAAAAAUGAAACCUGUCUGGGAGAGAGUGACAUGUAUGAAUCCAAGUGCUGCCACCCAAGUAACUUCAUCAUUGAAGCUCCGGGCCACAUGUCUGACAUGGAGUGGAUGAGCAUUUUCAAGCCUUCUAAAGUACAAAGAAUUGUUCGCCACAAAUCUGUGUGUACUUGUUCAGAAAGUGCCGGUGGAAGGAAAUACAACUCCUCCACGAGUGAGCUAAUUGCCAUCCAGCAUUCCCACUGUUUGGGUUCUUCAAAAUCUGUCACAAGAGAGGAUGAGAAAUUAAUAGAGACAGAGCCCUCUUCUGAUGUAAAGAACUCAUCUAAGAUUUUGUUAUUCAACAAAGAGACACCAUUGUCCAGUGAGAAGGAUGACUUUUCGCCCACAAGCAAGCUUCAGCGUUUGCUGGCAGAGUCUCGCCAGAUGGUGACAGACCUGGAGCUGAGUACUCUGCUCCCCAUCAGUUCUGAGAGUCUCAGGAGCAGUGCCAGAAAUAAUUUAGAAGUCUCAGAAGAGUCAGCUCAAAAAAAUACUUUUAUUAGUAAUUGAAGAAAACAAAAGUCAACUUCACUAUUCAUUGUGGUCAUAGAAGCCAAUUUCUCAUCUUCGGAAGGCAGGAAGUGGACAUCAAUACCUAAUACCUAACCUUGAAAACAAGAAGGGGAUUGUAAUCCUUUGUAAGCAACAUUGAAUACCCAAGGGAAGCAGAAACUGAAAGUUAAUUUUUCAGCAUCUAUAUUUUGUUUGUUUUCAAGUUGACCAUUUUCAUGUUGAAGAUAUAUUUUUUUAUGUGUAAGAAAUUAGACCUUACUGUGUAUUUAUCUAUAUACAAACUUGGAAUAAUUAUGCUAGAGAGAAAAGGACUUCUCUGUAAAGAUGUAGACUACAGUUAAGUACUAGAGAAGCUCUUUAAAAAUGUGAACAUCAAAUAGAGAACCCCUGCAUACAAAAUGCUAUUUUAACUAUGAUUUUUUUUUAAAAAAACUGUGCUUUAAAUUAUAACCAACAGCUUAUUAGAGUCACCUGCGAAUAUAUGAGAAGUGGUAUUCUCUUCUUUUGUGGCUUUAGCUCUGGACUUUGCUAUGUAAAAGAGACAUAAAAUGAUAGGAUACAAAAUAUUUUUAACUGGAAAGUAUCUCCUCUGUUACUGACAGUUGAGGUCCUUCUGUCCCAAAGCUGAACAGAGCCCCAUCUCGUCUGGGUCUGUAAUAGGUCCCAUCUACUUACACAAACAAAAACUUGCAAGUUUUGUAUGCAUUUUUUUUUUUUAUCAUUAAAGACUAAAACACUUA